GAAUGCCUUUAUAAUUAAGACACUAGAGAGAGACACAUAGUGUGAAGAAGUGACAUUACCAUUACACACACUCUCUCUCUCACUUUACCACGAUGAAGAGCGAUCUUGAAAGGGCACGGCUUAUGGUAUCUUCUGCUGUGUUUCCAUGUCUUCUUCUCUCCCUCCUAAUAACAGUGACAACAGCUGCUCCAGUUCAGCGUACGUGUGCUUUUCCGGCGAUUUACAACUUCGGAGAUUCUAACUCCGACACUGGAGGAAUCUCCGCCGCCUUCGAGCCCAUUAGAGCUCCUUACGGUCAAGGUUUCUUCCACAAAUCCGCCGGACGAGACUCAGAUGGUCGUCUCACCAUUGAUUUCAUAGCUGAGCGUGUGGGACUACCCUACUUGAGCGCAUACCUGAACUCACUAGGAUCAAACUUCAGACAUGGAGCUAACUUUGCAACAGGUGGAUCAACAAUAAGAAGGCAGAACGAAACUAUCUUUCAAUAUGGGAUCAGCCCGUUCUCUCUCGAUAUGCAGAUUGCUCAGUUUGAUCAGUUCAAAUCAAGAUCUGCAGAGCUGUUCUCACAAAUUAAGAUUAGAUCUGAAAGAGAGAAGCUUCCAAGACAGGAAGAGUUUGCAAAGGCUCUGUAUACUUUUGAUAUUGGGCAGAAUGAUCUCUCUGUCGGUUUCAGGACAAUGAGCGUCGAUCAACUCAAGGCGACGAUACCAGACAUUGUCAGCCACUUAGCCUCUGCUGUUCGGAACAUAUAUCAGCAAGGAGGAAGAACAUUUUGGAUACACAACACAGGCCCUUUCGGUUGUCUACCAGUAAACAUGUUCUACAUGGGGACUCCUGCGCCAGGCUACUUGGACAAAUCCGGCUGCGUGAAAGCUCAGAACGAAAUGGCGAUGGAGUUCAACAGGAAGCUCGAGGAAACAGUCAUUAAUCUAAGAAAAGAACUCACCAGAGCAGCCAUCACUUACGUUGAUGUCUACUCUGCCAAAUACGAAAUGAUGAGCAAUCCUAAGAGACUAGGAUUUGCAAAUCCAUUGAAGGUAUGUUGCGGCUACCAUGAGAAGUAUGAUCACAUCUGGUGCGGAACUAAAGGGAAAGUGAACAAUACCGAAAUCUAUGGUGCCCCAUGCCGGAACCCGGCAACGGCUGUGAGCUGGGAUGGAGUUCACUAUACCGAAGCUGCAAACAAGCAUGUGGCUGAUCGUACACUUGGUGGAUUGCUCACAGACCCUCCAGUUCCAAUCACUCGAGCUUGUUAUAGACAGUGAGAUUUAGUACAAAGAGCUUGAAAUGUAGUUUGAACCAAAAUAAAGAUUCGGGUCUUAGAUAGACUCUUAGCCAAUAAUGUAAGCUUUUAAAAGAACAAACAAUGAUCUAUGUAAGCCUCUGUAAACCUUUGUUUGUCGUUUAAAAGAAUCCUCCGUUGAUGGAUC